AUGAGUACAAGACGUUAUCUUCCGCAAAUUCCUUCGCAAUCAACAGCAACGUUAACAAAUGAUUAUUCUCAAUUAGGAUCUCAUUCAGCUAUUGAAGAUUUAUUUCAAAUAUUUGAAAAUAAUGCAGAUUUUAUUACAAGAGGAAAACGUUUAUUAAAUAAAAAACGAAAAUUAGAACAAUUACGAGCACAACUUAAUUUACCAGAAGAUUUAACUAAUGAAGAUACAGUCAAAUUAUUACAAUUAAGAGAACGUCUUAAAGCAAAACGAAGACUUCCUAAUGUUUUUCCCGAGCCAGAAAAGCCAUCUAUGAAUAAAGACCUAACAACAACAAUUAAUAGAAAAUCAUCAACUAGUAUGCCUGAUCUUACUCCAACACCAUUAGCUGAUACAACAAAUCAAUCAUCGUUAUUUGAUCUAAAUGCUUCAUUAAAUAGUUCUGUCUAUCGAAAACGACGGCGAAAAUUACUUUUUCGAGUAAAUAAUGAUUAUUUAUCUUGGUGGAAAUUUAAUAUUCCUCAUAUUAUGUUACAGUUUCCUUUAAGUUUAGUGAAACAAGUCGGACCUGAAUUUGUUAUACAAUCUGAUAGUAAAGCUGAAAAAAUCACUGUCCCUAGUCGAAAUCCAUUUGAAUGUAUUUGUCAAGUUGUUAUUCUUCUUCCUAAUAAUAAUCGUGUACAACUUUCUUGUAAAUCAAAUGCUACUGUGCGAAUUAUCUAUGAAACUAUUGUAACUUAUGCUGAUUUAAUUGAACAUGAUCUCUUUGGUCUUACUAUUCUAAUCGAUGGUGAAUAUUUUUUUCCUGCAAUGGAUCUUAAAAUAUCGAAAUUAAUAAAUGAUUCGAAAUGGAAAACUGGUCAAACUACAUUUGUUAUGCAAUUAAAAAUAAAAUAUUUUGUUAAUGAUAUUGCUUUACUUAGACAUUUUCUUACACAACAUUUUUUUUAUUUACAAUUUCGACAAAUGAUUCUUGCUGAUACAUUUCAAACAACAAGUGAACAAAAAUUAUCAUUUGCAACAUUAGCUUAUCAAGCUGAAUAUGGGGAUUCAAUUGAUAAUGAAAAAUUAUCAACUGAUUUUAUCGUCGAACAUUAUGCAUCAAAUGAGUUAAUUAAUCAGUAUGGCAUUCCAAAUUUACGACAAGAAAUCAUUAAAAGACAACAUUUUUAUGCUGAAUUAAAUGAUGUACAAGCUGAACAAUUGUUUAUAGAAAAUGUGAUGAAAUUAGAAAAUUAUGGUUAUCAUAUGUAUAAAUUAUACAAAGAUUUAAAACGUGAUGAUACAUAUCUUGUUGGUAUACGUUUACGAGAUAUAUCAAUUUGGCAAUUAAAAAAUCGACAACGACAAACAAAAUUAACUUAUGCUUGGGAUCAAAUUGAACGAAUAGCUUAUGAUAAAAAAUCAUUUUCUAUUAUACUUAAACGUCAAAUAAAUGAAGGAAAAAUUAAAUAUUUAACUAAUAAUAGUAAAAAAGGAAAACAUUUAUUUAAUUUAUGCUAUGAUACAUAUACGUAUACAAAAUCACUUCUUCUUCGUCAUAAUAGUCGAUAUAGCUUAUUAAAUGAACCGAUUGGUGAAAUUGACUUUGUUCGUAAUGGUUCCGAUACCGAAAGUGUUGAUCUGAAUCCUGAUCAAAGUCGAUCACAAUCACAUGAAAAUUUAAGUACAUUAGGAAAAAAUACAACAACUAAUUCACCUUCUAUUGUUGUUUAUGAAGUUGAUUUAUAUAAAGAUAGUAAUAAUAGUUUCGGCAUGUCACUUAUGGGCGAUUUAGCAUCUGGAAUUUUUAUUAAAUCAAUUCAGCCAACUGAUGGAAGUGCUGCACGAUCAGGAAAAAUUCAAACAGGUGAUCGACUUUUAUCAUAUAAUGGAAAAAGUAUUAAUGGUAUGACUAUACAAGAAGUAGCUGAGGCUCUUAGUCUAUCACCAAAUCCUUGUCGAUUAAAAUUAUCAAGGCAUGAAGUUCCAACAUUAAAUCGACGAAAUUAUUUACAACGGCCAAUGAGUGUUGAUGCUGAUUCUUUUCUGCAACAAAAAAAGCAGAAUAAAAAUCCAUCAAAUACUACAGAGACAACAUGGUCACAUGAGAAUUUUUCUAAUGUUUUACCAUCAAAACGUGUUCUAUCGAAUGAAAGUAUUCUUACACAAGCAUCUGAUCUUUCAACUACACAUGAUAUAAAAAGUGCUGUAUUUCCUGUAACUAUUGAUAAAUCGGGUCAUAAUAGUCUUGGUUUUCUUGUUGUUGGUGGUCUUGAUUCAGAAAUUGAAGAUCAUGGAAUUUAUGUUAAGAGUAUAACAUCGGGUGGUGCUGCUGCAAGAUCAAAAUUAUUAAUAGAAGGUGAUAAAAUUCUUGAAGUAAAUGGUGCAUCAUUAGCACGUGUAACCCACUCGGAAGCUGUUGAAUUAUUUCGUCGAGCAAUAGGACCUAAAUGUCAUUUGCUUGUUCAACGUCUUAUUUUUCCAAGUAAUUUACGUUCAUCAUCGAUAAAUAAAAUUUAUCCAUUUGUUCAUUCAGAGAACACAUUUGAAGUUUAUCUAAAUCGUGGUCCUAAUGGUUUAGGUCUUAGUUUAUCAGGUGGAGCAGCUGAAAAUAAGCCUGUUGAAAUGAUUGAUAUUUAUCCAAAUCAACCAGCUGCUUUAUCAGGCCAAUUAAAUAUUGGUGAUAUUGUUUUAUCCAUUAAUGAUGUUCUUAUGCAUAAUCGAAAUGUUCGAGAUGUACCAUCGAUAAUUGCUGAAUCACCAGACAAUGUUAAGCUUGUUGUUUGUCGACCCGAUCGUCGAGAAUAUCAAGCUUAUUUGGAUCGUCAAAUGAAUAGUUUUAAUCAGUCAAGUCGACCAACUAGAUCUGGGUCUAUAAAUAAUGAACAAACUCGGUCUUCAAAUGAUCCACUUCGUGAUUUACCACCAAAAUCACCUGGUAGUAGACGUGUUAUGUCAAAAGUACCACCAAAAGUUAAACGUGGUGAGGUUUUUGCUGUGAUAAUGAACAAAGAAAAAGAUAGUGGUUUUGGUUUUACACUAUCAGCAGGUUCAACAUCGAUUGGAUAUCCACAUAUCCGAUCGGUAUUACGUGAACCUGCUCUAUCAGCUGGAUUAAAACAUUGGGAUCGUAUUUUAGCAAUAAAUGAUUCAGAUUGUCAAACAAUAACACAUCGUGAUCUUGUUGCACGUCUUCGUUAUGCACCAACAGGCCCUGUACAUUUUAUUAUUUAUCGACCACGUAUUGAUGAAAUUGUACAUGCAAAAGAAAAAAGUCGACAAUUACAAAAUACAUCAUAUGGAUCAAUAAGUGUUGGCCAAUAUGAAAAAAUAGAAAUAUCAUUGCCUAAAUCUCCUCAGGGAACAUACGGUAUUGGACUUAGUCAAAUUGAUCCUCAACAACCACUUGGUGGUAUAUUUAUAUGUGCUCUUCAACCAAAUGGAAUCGCUGAAAAAGAUGAACGUUUGAAAAUUGAUGAUCGAUUAUUAUAUGUUAAUGAUCGUAAUACUGAUCAAAUGACUUAUCGUGAAGUUGUCGAAGCAUUAAAAGCAUCAACAAAGAAAGGCGUUAAGUUGGUAAUUGCUAGACCAAUAACAGAUUCUUCGACAUCGAAUAAACCAAAUAUUAUUUCGAAUAAAGAAAUUUCAACGACACAUGAGGAAGCCUCAAUACCUACAUCAACACCACCAUUUAUUGCUUCAUCAGUUAUGGAAAAAUUGAUACCACGUGAAAAACCAAAAUUACUUCCUUUAAUAACUCCUGAAAAACCACAAGCAGUUGCUGCUACUACUCCUGUAUCACCUGAUUUUAUUGACAUAUCGACAUCAUCGUCAUCUUCAACGGGAGCUGUUGUGGCUUCUGCUGCUGCGCCACCAUCUUUACCACCAGGUUCUGCAUUACAAGCUCUUAUUGGUAAAAAAAUCAAACCAUUACCAUCAACUAGUUUCGAAACAAUGACAAAUAAAAAUCAAUCACAUAAUGAUAAGAAAAAAGAUUCUCCCGUUUCAAAUACAGAUAUUGAUGAAGAUACAAGCGAUAUAAAAACACCGUUAAUAAGUCCUCAAUCACCUACAGCACCGUUGCCAACAGUUCUUGAAUUAAAAGUACCACCGACAAAUUCAAAAUCAUUAUCAACAUCUCAAGCAAAUGAAAUUGCUAAACAAAAACAAUAUUAUCAAGUAACUGCAUCAAAUGAAACUUUAAUACUAAAUGCUGGUAUUACUGAAAAGAUUGAAAAUUUAACUAUGCAAUUAAUUGAUAAAAUUAGCACACCAGCUAUAACAAUGGAUACAACAACAUUAAUGGAUGAAUGUCGUGAAAUCGAGAUGAAAAUUGAUUCUGAUGAAUAUUUAGAAGAAUUUCGAGCAUUAAAAACUAUCAAUGAACAUGAACCAAUUGAAUUAACUUCUAUAGCAAUGCAACCUGGAAAUAAAACAUUAAACCGUUUUCAAAAUAUAGUUCCAUAUGAUUUUAAUCGUGUUAUACUUUCAACAAAACCAGAUUAUAUUAAUGCAAGUCAUAUAGCAAUACCAUUUGGAGAUAAAUCAAUGAAAUAUAUAAUUUGUCCACCGCCAGUACCUGAGAGUAUCAAUGAUUUUUGGCAAAUGAUUGCCGAACGACGUAUUCAAUCUAUAAUUGGAAUAUUUAAUGAACAAGAUUUAAAAAAAAUGAAAUGUCCUAUUUAUUGGCCAACAACUAUUAAAGCAACAAUGACACUUUCACCAUUCUUAUCUGUAACACUAAUAAAACAUCGUCAAUUCGAUGGUGGUAUUGAUAUAAAAGAAUUUCAUAUUCGUAUAAGUGAACAAUCACAUCAAAAACAUGAACAUUCAGUUAUGUUUUUAACAUAUACUAAUUGGCCUAUGGAUGACAAUAUUCCACAUGAUACACAAUCAUUUCUUAAUCUUAUAUAUUUAGCACAUUCAUAUCAAACAAGUGAUACACCAUUAUUGAUUCAUUGUAAUACAGGUGUUGGACGAACAGGAUGUGCAUUAUUAAUAAGUUUACUUUUAAUUAAAAUAAUACGUGGAAGAACAUUAGAUAUUUAUUCAAUGGCUAAAGAAUGUCGACAUCAACGUUGUGGUGUUAUUCAAACUGAACAACAAUAUCGAUUUAUUUAUGAUUGUGCACGUGAUGUACUUAAUAUGGCUAUUGAACGUUCAAUCAUGCAGAAUGCAUAA